AUGUCGAUACCAAUGGAUAGGAACAGACGAGAUCAAAACCCAACUGUGGGUUUACUAUUAAUAGUCGGAGAAAUCAUCUCAAGUGAACAACGUGAUGAAAUAUGUCUGUGCCUUCAAAAUGCGUUCCAACAGAUCGACGGCAGCAAAUAUUACGAAAUCAAUGAUUUAUUCAACAAUUUAAUUCAUGAAAAUGAAUUCCAAAUAGAUUCUCAAUAUCGACAAAUCGCUAAUACGGAAAAUGGUUCAACAGCUGGAUUUCUCUAUCAUCCAAGCUUUUAUACAUUGUUGAAUGUACUCCGUGAUCUGUUUCAAACAUGUUGUCAUGUUUGUAUUGUCUUCUGUGGACAACAGGUCGAUUCCAAUGGAGCUUUGAUGUUGUCUGAUUCUUUAUUUACUCCGGAGAAUUUUUCUAGUUUAUUUCAAGAGGAUGGAGACUAUGUUUUGGAGAAUUUGCAAAUCAUUUUACCGUUUGUUUCAAAUCAGUGGAUGAAAUUGGCGAAUAGUUACUUACAAAAACAUGUCGAACAUGUUGAAAUUCAUGAUUUAACCAAUGAAGUCGUGACAAAUAGUUCGUUUGGACACCGUCUUUAUGAAAGAUUGGUUCAAGUUAUACGCAAUGACUCCAACCAUUUCGAUAUCUAUUCGAAACUCGCAUCUGGGAACAAUUCCGGAACGAUUGCAUUCGACGAACCGAAUCUUUACGUAUUCUACAGUCAACAAGGUGAAGCGUCUCUUUUCGGUAUUCGUGGUUUCGUUGUCUUGAUCAAUAGUGGUUUCUGUCGUAUACCUUCGUACUGGAAUUUCAUUCGAGGUUUACAAACCAUUGAUGCAUGUAUUUUAACUCAUUUCGAUUACGACGUAUUCCCGGGCCUACAGACAAUCGUUCAUCGUAAGCAGAUCUUCGGCUCACACGACACACAAUUAGGUAAACCAGAUGUCGGAGCAAUUUUUCUCAAUCAUAUUCAACGUAGUAAAUUACAAUCGAAGUCAUCACCAAGUAGUAGAUUAUUAAUGAAUUUAACGAACAAUAUCGAUCAAUUUAUGAAUGCAACGAAACAAUUGAAUAUUGAUACGUUUAAUUUAAUAAAACCUAUGAUAGCGAACAAAUCAAAUUUCGAACCGAUUAAUCUCUAUAGGAAAAUUGCAUUUGGUUCAUUAGAUAUGUAUGUUUUACAUCCGACAAGUUCGUCGACGGAAGACGAACGACUUAUCGCAAGUUUGCAGAGGAUCCCAAUUCGUAAUCAGCAAGUCUCGCCUUCGGUUAUUCCUCAUCAUCAUUGGUAUUCAUCUUGUUUGUUACUUGUUUGGACGCCCACUGCUAAAUCGAACAAAGAUAGUUUAGUACGAAUUUUAAUUACAGGUGCUUGUCCACAAACGCUCGUUUUUGAAGCGUUAGACAGAGUGAGACAUUUAGACUUUUUACAUGCGUCUCAACAGCAACAACCGAGGAGAUCAAUAAGUCAUAGUAAACUAAUAUCAUCUACGCACGUAAGCUCAGGUAUUAAACAUCCAUUGCAAAAGCCGAGAAUACCAUCAUCUAUGAUGAAUCGGACGGCGCCAGCCGUUGUUCAAAAUAAAUCACAAAAAACUUCGCCACGAGUUACUCCUUCGAAACCAAAAGUAUUGCCAACAACAACCAUAAAUGCGAAAAAAUCUCCAGCAGUAUCCAGUGUGAACAAAACGCCUGUUCCUUCAAAAACCAAUAGCAAUACUCGGUCAAUCAGUAAAGAGAAAAAACCAACUAAACCUCAUGCAACCACUUCAAAAGCAUCUAAUCUAGCAAAACAAACAAAACCUCAUCCUUCAAAGGUCAAACCUCUAAAUGAUCAAAAGCAAAAGGCAAAAACUGAAGAUAAACCCCAGAAAAAAUCUGAUCCCGUGCCUGUUCAGGAACGCAAAUCUGAAACUGAACAUGAUAUCCCGCGAUCGAUCUUAGAAAUUCAAAACGAAAACGAAGAGCAGACGCUGGAUGCCAUAAAUGAACAUCCACAAGAUUUAGAAACUGAAGUUGAACACGAGCAUGUCUUAGAAAGUCAAAGCAAUGACUACGACCAACAAUUCGAUGACCACGGUGAGCAACAUUCAUCGAAUGACAAUGAUGAUCAACAAUAUCCUGCUGAUGAUUUUACUGAAGAUACUAACACAGAGGCCAAUAAUACAGAAGAUGAUAUUCAAAGACCAGACUCAAUUUCUUUAACAACGGAUCAAAGUGAAACGUUAGUUGAAAGCAAAUCAGAGUCACCUGUGAACGAAGAAGCCAUUUCGCAGAUAAGCCCUCAAGAUCCUAUGACAGAAAGUUUUAUGGACGGAGUCUCUGACACAGAAAAUCCAUUUAAUGGAAAAAUAACUGAUGAUGAAAUGGAGAUUAUCCAUCAUGAUACAUCAUCAUCACCCAGACACUCAUUACUGUCUACAGAUGAUAUCGAACCACAAGGGUUACCAAUUGAAACAAACCAUUCAUCGAAACAAUUGGCAUCUAGAAAGAUAAAUAACGGAACUAAGCAUACGAACGGAUUAUCUAGAUCAGGACAUCAAUCACAGUCAACACUACCGGGUUCAAUCUUUAAUGUUGACGUCGCGUACAUCCCCUAUCAUGGCAAUGAGCAUUACGUUGAUAGUGAAUUCUUUCGUCGAAUACGUGCUCGUUAUUAUAUUCUAAAUGCUGUACAAGUCAGUCCUCAAACAUUGGACUCGUUACUUGCUGGCGUACAUCAAUGGAAGAAGAAGGAACACGAAUUAAUUACUCUGGUUCCAACGUUCGAUAGCGAACAAUUGCGACAAUUUUUUAUUGUGAAUAAGAAUCGUUUAGCUGAAUUGAAUAUAAAUAUUCUUCCUGCAUCGUCACGGUGCAAUGUUCAAUAUGACAAUGAAAGUUCGCCAGCGCAACUCAUACGUUUCGGAUCAUUUUCGGAUGCAUACGAACAAUAA